AUGGCGAUCGCACGUCCGAUUCGCAUGCUAGGCGCUGCAUGCAUCCUAUUGACUCUAUUCCUCAUCUUCAACUUACACCAGUCUCCUGAUCAGCCUUCAACCAAAUUGGUCAAUGGCAUGACCCGGGAUCCCCUUCUAGACCCCACCGGUGAACCGGAAGGAGAAUUAUGGCGAGCAGACGAGAACGAUUACUCCCCCGAUAGCGAAAACUCGGCGCGCACCAAUGCCGCUCUGAUCACCUUGGUCCGCAAUGAGGAACUUCACGACCUGCUCAAGACCAUGAAAGACCUUGAGCGCACCUGGAACAGCAAAUUCAACUAUCCCUACAUCUUCUUCAAUGACGUUCCUUUCACCGACGAGUUCAAGCGCAUGACCCAGGCCGCCACCAAGGCCCAGGUUCAAUAUGAGUUGGUUCCCAAGGAGCACUGGGAGGUCCCUAGCUGGAUCAACAUGGACCUUUUCCGUGAAUCUGCUCAGCUGCUGGAGGAGCAGAACAUUCAGUACGCGUCGAAGGUCUCCUACCACCAGAUGUGUCGCUGGAACAGCGGCAUGUUCUACAAACACCCGGCCCUCGAGAAAUACCGUUACUACUGGCGCAUUGAGCCCAAGGUCCAGUUCUUCUGCGAUGUUGACUAUGAUGUUUUCAAGUACAUGGAGGACCGCAACAAAACCUAUGGCUUCACCAUCAACCUCUAUGAUGCCCCUCAGACUAUCGAGACUCUUUGGCCACAAACCAAGAAGUUCUUGGCAGCCAACCCCUCAUACCUCAGCGACAACAACAUGAUGGAUUGGAUCACCGAUGAUCAGGCUCGCCCCGAACACACCGAGAAGGCCAACGGCUACUCGACUUGCCACUUCUGGUCCAACUUUGAGAUUGGUGACCUGGAUUUCUUCCGUGGCGAAAAAUACGAGGCUUACUUCCAGCACCUUGACCGUGCGGGUGGCUUCUUCUACGAGCGCUGGGGCGAUGCACCCGUCCACUCGCUUGGAAUCGGUCUGUUCGCUGACUCCAACAAUGUACACUGGUUCCGUGAUAUCGGAUACAACCACAUUCCCUACUACAACUGCCCUAACUCGCCCAAGUGCUCGGGAUGCAAAGCUGGCCAGUUCUUCGGCGGUGCCGACUGGCUGUCCAAGGAGGAUUGCCGCCCGACCUACUUCAAGUACGUCGGAACACACUAA